AUGGCUCGGCUGGUUUCCUGGAUUCUCUUAGUUUCGCUUCUAACUCCUGGCGCCGCAGUGGGCGGCUUGGGCGCGGCCCAGGAAGCGACUGCUGAGAUCCAAAAUCUCAUAGAGCCGCUUCGGGCGUCGGCUCUCGCCAAGGCCCAAAAACGCGGCUACUCCGGGGCAGACUUCGAAAUAUGGAAAGCGGUUUCCUUCAAGACACAGGUCGUUGCUGGCCGAACUUACUUUGUCAAGGUGCAGGUCGGCAGCGAUAGCUUCGUCCACCUGCGCAUCUUCGAGCCUUUGCCGCACACGAAGAUGAAGCCCGAGGUGGUCGCCAUGGAGCUCGGACACUCGGAAGACAGCGAGUUGAGCAGCUUCUUCAAUCAAAUUGAGCUUUGA